UCCACUGCACAAAAGAAUUUAAGAAGAUAUUUUUAUUUUGAAGCCGUCAGUACAGUUUUAUUUUUAACACAACAGAGAAAAUGGAUAAAUUUCGUAUGAUCUUCCAGUUCCUGCAGUCCAACCAGGAAUCCUUUAUGAAUGGAAUAUGCGGUAUAAUGGCACUGGCAAGCGCCCAUCUCUACACAGCUUUUGACUUUAACUGCCCUUGCCUUCCAGGAUAUAACAUGUCUUAUGGCAUGGGCGUUCUCUUUGUGCCUCCAAUUGUGCUAUUUCUACUAGGGUUUGUCAUGAACAACAAUGUGUCCAUGCUGGCAGAAGAAUGGAAGAGACCGACAGGGAAGAGGCAGAAGGACGCUGCAGUUCUGCGUUACAUGUUUUGUUCCAUGACCCAAAGGGCACUGAUUGCCCCGGCUGUAUGGAUAUCUGUCACAUUACUGCAUGGCAAGUGCUUUAUAUGUGCCUUCAGCACUUCUGUGCCCCUUGAUAAAAUUGGAAACAAGACAGGCCUAAAUCUGCCCGAUAAGGAAAUCAAAAGAAUAUUGGCCAGACUUCCUUGCAAAGACAUUUAUAAUGGGCAUGAAAUUGUCCCACAAGAAGUAGCAGAGCGAUACUUACGAUGCAUCUCCCAGGCAGUGGGAUGGGCUUUUGUAUUAAUCAUGACCUUCAUAGCGUUCCUAAUCCGAGCCAUCCGCCCCUGCUUUACGCAAGCCGCCUUCCUGAAAAGCAAAUACUGGUCCCACUACAUUGAUAUUGAGCGCAAACUGUUUGAUGAGACCUGCACCGAGCACGCAAAGAGCUUUGCAAAGAUGUGCAUCCAACAGUUCUUCGAGACCAUCAAUAAAGACAUGGCCGUGGGGCACUCUCACAUGUUAGAGGAGAAGGAAAAGGAGCAGGAAGAGAAUGAGAAGCUCUUGGGCAUCACAGACCAAAAUACUAUGAAUAAGGUGCUAAAGAACUGGCACAAAUGCAAGCCGCCACUCAACUUGACCAAUUACGAGAUGCAUAAUGGCAAUGGGUGCCUUAAUGGGAAUCACCAACUCAAUAACUUAAAUGCACCGAAGAGGGAAUUUGUGGCUUAUUAUAGCAAAGUUUAACAAAUGGAUUAUUUGAAGAGUAUCUCUGCCUAUUCAGUGGAUAGAAAAGACAAUAUAUGAUGGAAGUCAAGUAAAAAAAAUAUAAAAUAAGUCAUUUCUUUUGUUCUAUUUGAUUUCUGGUAACCAGAAAG